UUUUAGAGCUUAGGAAUUGCAUCCAUAGAGCUUCUAACGUGCAGAGGAAUAGAAGGAAGCGCAUAUAAACAAGAAAAUGGGGAAAGGAGACCUAUGGGACGAUUCUGCUCUCAUCAACGCCUUCGAUCACGCAAUUUCCAAAUACAAGAUGAUGCACAGGUCAGCUGAGGGAGGAAAACCCAUUAAUGGUAACGAGGAAAUAUUUGAAGUUGUUAGUAAGAGCAGUGAAGUUAGCUCCUCUGUUGGAAGUCUGGAGACAGAUAAUGGAAAGAGCACCUCAUUAAAUGCCACUGCAGAAAUUGGAGAGACUGUCAGCCUUUCACCUACUGAGGAAAAUCCUUCCAUAGAGUCAGGUUUUCCUGAAAAACAUAUAGUUUCAUCCACUGUGCAAAACGGUAACCUUACACCUGCCAAAGAAAAUUCUGCGGUGGAGUCAGGUUCUCUAAAGAAAAUUAUAGAUUCGUCCAAUGUGCAAAAUGUUCAAGAUGACGCCACAUGGUACUCACAAAGUCCAGAAGAGUACAAUCAGUUACUUAACAAAUAUUACGAGCUCGAGAGUCAGAGGCAGAAUAUUGUCCAGAAACUUAACCAAUGCAGCAAUUGGAGCUAUGAGCAUCCUGUUUCUGGUACAUUUACUCCUGAAUAUAAUCAAGCUUCUUUUCCCCAAUCUUCUUUUCAAAUAGUUACCUGUUGCUGUCCAUAUGGCUGUCAAAGUUCGGUGGCCUGCUGCUCUUCAUUACCAGUUCAUUGUUCAGAUGGUGCUUGUGUUGAUAAAAGUUGUGAUACUUCUAGAGGUGGUUAUAAUGGGAAUUCAACAUCUCAGGAAGAUCAUGGUUUUGUUAAAACGGCAAUGGUUGCUGCAGAAAGAGCACUUUCUUCUCUUACAAAUGAAACUUCCCAGAAGGCUGAUGCAUCUGUAAUUGGAGGGAAGGGCGAAGAGUUGCAGCCAGAAGUUAGCCAUUUAACAGAAAGUACUGAGUCUAGAACAGAUCUUGAUGUGGUCUUGAAUGCUUGGUAUUCUGCGGGUUUUUUCACUGGAAAGUCUCGUUCUUUGUUCCUUGCAUCUUGCGUCAGGGACAUACCAACCUUACCUCCAAAAUUACAAGGAGAGCAGGAGAUAGAUAAUUAUUUUAAGCUAUAAAUGUGUACCUUUCGGAACAAUCCUUGGGAGAGAAAAGACAUGACUAAGGGGCCUUCAGUGUUAAGUAGCCAAGAAUUUUGGUGCGAUUUCUGAGAGUGAAGAAAUUCUUUCAUGCGGUACAUGUACAAUGAAGAGCACAUCUUUUGGCAAAUUAUGGUUGUGACUGAAGGAAAAUUCAAGAAAUAAAUUUAGAAUUGCAGUUCUUAAUGAGUUGUGAUGAUAUAAAGACUUUCAAUCUCUUUGAAACGUUCUUGUUCUCUUCAAGAAACAAUCAUAUUUUUGAUGACUUGUGAUGUAAAGCAAUGACACACUUGUAUCGAUAAUGACGAUUGCGUUUAGGUAUACUGGAUGAUCCGUGUUCAAGUAUAAUUUAAUAUGAAGUAGGUUCAUGGUAUU